AUGGUUAUUUGUCUGGUCCAGUAUGAGCCUGGCAUCAAAGAUGAUCAUUGUCUAGUCCAGUAUGAGACUGGCUCAAAAGAUGAACAUUGUCUGGUCCAGUAUAAGCCUCGCAUAAAAUAUGGUCAUUGUCUGGUCCAGUGUGAGUCUGACUCAAAUGGUGAUAAUUCGGGCAGACCUGGGCAGUGCGGCGAAGAUUUAUCCCACCAGAUCAUCAAACGCUUUGUCGAGUGUGGAGGCAACUUCUUUGACACGGCAGAUGUUUACGGUCUAGGCGCAGCGGAGAAUAUUGUAGGGAAAUGGCUGGAAAGGCAAUCGAGAGAGAAAUUUAUUAUCGCCACCAAAGUUCGAUUUAACAUGGGCGAUAACGUAGCCAACAAUGUGGGCCUCAGCAGAAAACACAUCACCUCCAGCAUUGACGCCAGUUUAAGACGCCUUCGAACAGAUUACGUGGACCUUUACCAGGCGCAUGCCUUUGACGACGGAACUAGACUUGAAGAAACUUUACGUACUUUCGAUGACCUGGUCCGUGCUGGUAAAGUUCGUUACAUUGGUGUCAGCAAUUUUACAGGGUGGCAGCUCCAGAAACUGGUGGAUACUUCAGAGAGACUCGGACUGAACCCGAUAGUUAGCUUACAGCAGCAGUACAGCUUGCUGCACAGAGAGUCUGAGUUUGAACCUUUUCAAGUCUGUCAAACGUCAGGCCUAGGCGUGUUGCCAUGGAGUCCGCUAAAUGAUGGUCUGCUGACAGGGAAGGUCAAGCGUGGCCAGAUUCCAACAGAGGGACGACUAGGGUGGUCAGUUGCCAUCACUAAAGCCAAAGCCAAAUCAUAUUUAAAUGAUAGGACGUUUGAUAUCAUUGAGACUGCUGAAGUCAUUGGUCACAAAUAUGGUCGCAGUGUUGCUCAAGUGGCGUUACGUUGGCUGCUGCAGAAAGAAGUUGUCUCCUCUGUUAUCAUAGGGGCCAGAACUCUGGAGCAGCUUGAAGACAAUUUGGGGGCCGGCAGUGGCUGGACUUUGUCACAGGAGGAGAUGACAGUCCUGGAUGACGUUUCCACACCGCCCAGUCAUUACCCUUAUGACUACCUUGUCCAGAGGAACCUAGACAGACAGAACAGACACAUCCAAAGUCAACAUGUUUGAUAGUCUGAUGUCUCUCAAUGAC